AUGUACUUCUUCCUCAAGCAUCUGUCCAUCCUCGAUCUCUACUACAUUUCUGUCACAGUCCCCAAAUCCAUCACCAAUUCCCUGAGCAACAGCUGUUCUAUCCACUACUGGGGUUGUGUUGCCCAACUCUUUUUAAAAAUUAUGUUGGCUAUUUCAGAGUUGUUCAUCCUCACUGUGAUAUCCUAUGACUGCUACGUGUCCAUCUUCCGCCCCCGACACUAUGAGGUCAUCAUGAACAGAGGGGCCUAUGUGCAGAUGGCUGCUGCUACCUGCUUCAGUGGGGGGCUGUUUGGGGGGGAUUGUAGUCAUUGGUAUGAGUUUGGUUUCAUCUCCUUCAUGUCCAUCAUCAUUUCUUACAUUUACAUCGUCUCCACCGUGCUGACAUUUCCAUCCACUGAGAGCCACUCCAAAGCUUUCUCCACCUGCCUGCCUCACUUUGCCGUUAUCACGUGUUUUCUCUCUUCUGGAGCCUGUGCCUACCUGAAGUCACCUUCAGACUCCUCGUCAGCCCUGGACCUGAUGGUGUCUGUGUUCUACACCGUCGUGCCCCGAACCCUGAACCCCCUCAUCUAUAGCCUAAGGAACAGGGAAAUGAAGGCUGUCCUUAAGAAGGUUUGGGGCUGA